GUUGGGAGCCAGGGAGGGAUGGGAUCUGCCCGAGCCUCUGCCAAGAGCUGGCUCCGGCUCCGCAGGCAGCUCCGGGCUGCAUUUCCCCGCCGGCGCGAAGCGGAGCGGGGGUGUCCGGGGCUCACUCCUCGCUGACACCGAGACCCCCCCUCACUCAAGCCUCACCCGCACGCUCCCGGCCCGGAGGAAAGGGUGCACGUAGAGGGCAUCUCCCAGCCACCGAAAUCUAUGAUCAGCUCCGUGUGUGUCUCCUCCUACCGUGGACGCAAGUCUGGGAACAAACCACCCUCCAAAACAUGCCUGAAGGAAGAGAUGGGCAAAGGGGAAGAGUCGGACAAGAUCACCAUCAACGUGGGGGGCACCCGGCAUGAGACCUACAAAAGCACCCUGCGGACUCUGCCGGGGACCCGCCUGGCCUGGCUGGCCGACCCCGACGCCCAGAGCAACUUUGACUUUGACGGCCAAAGCAAUGAGUUCUUCUUCGACCGGCACCCCGGCAUCUUCUCCUACGUCCUCAACUACUACCGCACGGGCAAGCUGCACUGCCCGGCCGACAUCUGCGGGCCCCUCUUCGAGGAGGAGCUCACCUACUGGGGCAUCGACGAGACCGACGUGGAGCCCUGCUGCUGGAUGACCUACCGGCAGCACCGCGACGCCGAGGAGGCCCUCGACAUCUUCGAGAGCCCCGAGCCCGGCGGAGGGGCCGGCGGGGAGGAGCCUGAAGAAGAAGGGGGUAGGGAGAUGGCCCUCCAGCGCCUGGGAGUGGAUGAGAGGCCGGCGGGGGCGGCGGGGGCGGCCGGAGGGGGGGGCUGCUGUCGGAAUUGGCAGCCCAGGAUGUGGGCGCUCUUUGAGGAUCCCUACUCGUCCAAGGCGGCAAGGGCGGUGGCCUUCGCCUCGCUCUUCUUCAUCCUGGUCUCCAUCACCACCUUCUGCCUGGAGACGCACGAGGCCUUCAACAUCGACGUCAACGUGACGGAGACGCUGGUGGUGGGCAACACCACCCGGGUGCUGCUGACCCGCAAGGUGGAGACGGAGCCCAUCCUCACCUACAUCGAGGGGGGCUGCGUCCUCUGGUUCACCCUGGAGUUCCUGGUGCGCGUCGCCUGCUGCCCGGACAAGCUGCUCUUCGUCAAGAACCUGCUGAACAUCAUUGACUUCGUGGCCAUUCUGCCUUUCUACCUGGAGGUGGGGCUCAGCGGCCUCUCCUCCAAGGCCGCCCGGGACGUGCUGGGCUUCCUGCGGGUGGUCCGCUUCGUCCGCAUCCUGCGCAUCUUCAAGCUGACCCGCCACUUCGUGGGGCUGCGGGUGCUGGGCCACACGCUGCGGGCCAGCACCAACGAGUUCCUCCUCCUCAUCAUCUUCCUGGCCCUGGGGGUCCUGAUCUUCGCCACCAUGAUCUACUACGCCGAGCGGCUCGGCGCCAAGAGCUCCGACCCCCGCGGCGGCGACCACACUCACUUUAAGAACAUCCCCAUCGGGUUCUGGUGGGCCGUGGUCACCAUGACCACCCUGGGCUACGGGGACAUGUACCCCAAAACCUGGUCGGGGAUGGUGGUGGGGGCCCUCUGCGCCCUGGCCGGGGUGCUGACCAUCGCCAUGCCCGUGCCGGUCAUCGUCAAUAACUUUGGGAUGUACUACUCGCUGGCCAUGGCCAAGCAGAAGCUGCCAAAGAAGAAGAAGAAGCACAUCCCCAGGCCUGCCCAGCUGGACUCCCCCACCUUCUGCAAGGCCGAGGAGAACUCCCCCCGCGACGGCGGCCGCGGCGACGCCUGCCCCCCGGCCGGGGAGGAGGGGGCGGCCGAGAGGAAGCGCUCAGACUCCAAGCAGAAUGGUGAGGCCAACGUGGUACUGUCAGAUGAGGAGCAGCCCCUGUCACCCACUGAUGAGGAGAAGAGGCCCAUGAGGCGCUCCAGCACCCGGGAGAAGAACAAGAAGUCCUCCACCUGCUUCCUGCUGGCCACGGGGGACUUCUCCUGCACAGCAGAUGGAGGCAUCCAGAAAGGCUAUGGAAAAUCCCGAAGCCUGAGCAGCAUAGAUGGUGUGGCAGGACCCCCGCUGGGCCUGGCCCCCCUCCCCUCCCGCUGCAGCUCCCCCUGCCCUCUGCAGCAGCCCUGCUCUCCCGUCCCCUCCAUCCUCUAGCCUGCCAGCCGGCUCAGCCACCCUGCUUCGGCUCCGUC